AUGUUUGAUAUUGAUGGUAAAGUUUCUGUUUUAUUUGUAUGUCAAGGAAAUAUCAUUAGAUCACCUUUAUGUGAAGGACGAUUUAGGCACGAAUUUGGUGACCGUGUUCGGGUUGACAGUGCUGCAGUUUCAUCUGGAGAUUUAAACAAGCAUCCUAAAGAAAAUGCUCAAAAAGUAGCUCAGGCUCAUGGUUUUGAUAUAUCCGGACAUAUAUCCCGGCUUAUUAAGAAAGAAGAUUUCUCCAAUUUUAGUGUGAUUGUUUCUUUAGAUGAUUUCGUUCACACUAAAAUAUUAAAGGUAAAACCAAAAGAAUGUCGUGCUAAAGUUGUCAAAUUCUCUAAAAUUGGUAUCUCCAAUCCAUGGAGACAGCCAUUACAUGCUUUUAAUUCUAUGUACGGUGAAAUAGAUUGUGCAUGGUUGCCGUUCAUUCAAAAGAAUUUUCCAAAACUUUUAGGAAAUUGA